UAAAAGAUUCAAUUGCAACUUCAACGUCUAGUAAGACAGUUAUAUUCCAUAUUUAUUGUAGGCUAUAGAUCGGUUUUCUUCAUUACACAAGAAAAACUAUAUAAAUAUAACCUACAGUGUUGAAAGAGGAAAUCAAAUUAAAUUGAAUAGUGAAGUCAACGCUUGUACCAACAAUGUCCUGUAGUUUACCAACUCUUAUCAGUUGUCACCUGCAGUUGGCGGCAAUUUGCUUGUUGAUAUUUACUUUUAAUAAUAUUGAUAAUGCAAACGCAAUCGGAUUACACCGUGGUGGCCGUCGCAUUAUUGAUGAACCGAGCAAACAGCAGACACCUAUCGACACACCAGAACCGGAAGAGAACUGGUUCCAACAAAAACUCGAUCACUUCGAUGGGAGACAGCAGAAUAUAACAUGGAAGCAACGAUACUUUAUGAACGAAAAGUUUUACCGCAAUGAUAGCAAUGCGCCCAUAUUUCUCACGAUUGGUGGAGAACUGGCGAUAUCGCCGCGUUGGGUGACUAUGGGAACUUGGAUUCGAUUUGCCGAACACUUUGGCGCCAUGUGCUUUCAUUUAGAGCAUCGCUUCUAUGGUAAAAGUCAACCGAAAAGCGAUCUCUCAUACGAAAACCUAAAAUUCCUUUCCUCAAAGCAAGCACUAGAAGACAUCGCUCAUUUCAUCCGAAGUAUGAAUCAAAAAUACACUUUCAAUAGCAAACAGAAAUGGAUUGUCUUUGGUGGUUCUUAUCCCGGUGCAUUGGCGGCAUGGGCGCGUCAAAAGUAUCCGCAUUUAAUAUAUGGUGCGAUCAGUUCGAGUGCACCGCUUUUGGCGAAGGUGGACUUUGUUGAGUACUUCGAGGUCGUUAAAGCUUCUCUGGCAACUCAUUCCAACAACUGCCUGAGAGCUUUCGGACAUGCCUUUGCAGAGUUGGAAACGCUUACACGACAUGCGAUUGGUCAACGAAAUUUGGAUGAGAAAUUCAAUACCUGCACGCCAAUUGGUGAAUCGGUUACGAACCCAUUGGAUAUGUCGAACUUCUUCCAAACAUUAGCCGAUAAUAUUGCAGGUGUGGUGCAAUUCAAUAAAGACAAUCGACCUGGAGCCGAUUAUACCAUAGAUGAUGUCUGCAAUGUAAUGGUCAACUCUACUAUUGGACCGCCUUUUGAACGAUUGGGCAUUGUAAAUGGCAUGCUUUUGGAAGACUCCAAGAAAAAAUGCCUCGACUACAAAUACGACAAUAUGUUGACUGAAAUGAGAAAUAUUUCCUGGUUUGCCGAAGUAGCUAACGGCACACGUCAAUGGACCUACCAGACUUGUAACGAGUUCGGUUUCUAUCAAACCUCGAAUAAUAAGACUGACACUUUCGGUGAUAGAUUCAAAGUGGAUUUUUUCAUUAAGCAAUGCAUGGAUAUUUAUUCAGAGAGCAUGAACGCGAAAUACUUAGAGCAAGUUGUUUCACAGACGAAUGCAUUCUAUGGUGGACUUAGUCCUAAGUCAACGAAUGUCCUUUAUGUGCACGGUUCGAUAGAUCCAUGGCAUGCGAUUGGUAUGACCGAAUCUAAGAACCCAAAUAAACCUACUGUUUACAUUGAAGGUACUGCACAUUGCGCCGAUAUGUAUGAACCUCUUCAAACAGAUCCACCUCAACUUAUCGAGGCACGUAAUAAAAUAUUGAAAUAUCUUACCCAGCUUUUGGAGAAAUCCGAGUCGUGAAGUGUCUAAAAAGA